CCCCGCCAGUCCCUGCCGGGUGGAGGAGGCGCGCCGGCAACGCCGCGUCCUAAUCAAUGGGCCGGGCGGCUUAGCGCGCGCGGCCACCUGGUCCGAGGAGGAGCAGUCCCGGGGCCCGCCGCAGGUCGGGUGGCUCAGCCAUGGCUCCCCGGGGCGCAGCGGCCAGCCGGAGCCCGGGACCCUGCGCGGGGCGCUGAGCUCCAGAGCGGGCAGAGGGCACGGGCAGGCGGACGUCUGGGCGCCCUCGGGGAACGUGCGGGCACCAUGCGUCCCCACCUGUCGCCGCCGCUGCAGCAGCUACUACUGCCGGUGCUGCUCGCCUGCGCCGCGCGCUCGACUGGAGCCCUUCCCCGACUAUGUGACGUGCUACAAGUGCUGUGGGAAGAGCAAGACCAGUGCCUGCAGGAACUCUCCAGAGAGCAGACAGGAGACCUGGGCACGGAGCAGCCAGUGCCAGGUUGUGAGGGGAUGUGGGACAACAUAAGCUGCUGGCCCUCUUCUGUGCCAGGCCGGAUGGUGGAGGUGGAAUGCCCGAGAUUCCUCCGGAUGCUCACCAGCAGAAAUGGUUCCUUGUUCCGAAACUGCACACAGGAUGGCUGGUCAGAAACCUUCCCCAGGCCUAAUCUGGCCUGUGGCGUUAAUGUGAACGACUCUUCCAACGAGAAGCGGCACUCCUACCUGCUGAAGCUGAAAGUCAUGUACACCGUGGGCUACAGCUCCUCCCUGGUCAUGCUCCUGGUCGCCCUUGGCAUCCUCUGUGCUUUCCGGAGGCUCCACUGCACUCGCAACUACAUCCACAUGCACCUGUUCGUGUCCUUCAUCCUUCGUGCCCUGUCCAACUUCAUCAAGGAUGCCGUGCUCUUCUCCUCAGAUGAUGUCACCUACUGCGAUGCCCACAGGGGGGGCUGCAAGCUGGUCAUGGUGCUGUUCCAGUACUGCAUCAUGGCCAACUACUCCUGGCUGCUGGUGGAAGGCCUCUACCUUCACACACUCCUCGCCAUCUCCUUCUUCUCUGAAAGAAAGUACCUCCAGGGAUUUGUGGCAUUCGGAUGGGGUUCUCCAGCCGUUUUUGUUGCUUUGUGGGCUAUUGCCAGACACUUUCUGGAAGAUGUUGGGUGCUGGGACAUCAAUGCCAACGCAUCCAUCUGGUGGAUCAUUCGUGGUCCUGUGAUCCUCUCCAUCCUGAUUAAUUUCAUCCUUUUUAUAAACAUUCUAAGAAUCCUGAUGAGAAAACUUAGAACCCAAGAAACAAGAGGAAAUGAAGUCAGCCAUUAUAAGCGCCUGGCCAGGUCCACUCUCCUGCUGAUCCCCCUCUUUGGCAUCCACUACAUCAUCUUCGCCUUCUCCCCAGAGGACGCUAUGGAGAUCCAGCUGUUUUUUGAACUGGCCCUUGGCUCAUUCCAGGGACUGGUGGUGGCCGUCCUCUACUGCUUCCUCAACGGGGAGGUGCAGCUGGAGGUUCAGAAGAAGUGGCAGCAAUGGCACCUCCGUGAGUUCCCACUGCACCCCGUGGCCUCCUUCAGCAACAGCACCAAGGCCAGCCACUUGGAGCAGAGCCAGGGCACCUGCAGGACCAGCAUCAUCUGAGAGGCUGGAGCAGGGUCACCCACGGACAGAGACCAAGAGAGGUCCUGCGAAGGCUGGGCACUGCUGUGGGACAGCCAGUCUUCCCAGCAGACACCCUAUGUCCUCCUUCAGCUGAAGAUGCCCCUCCCCAGGCCUUGGACUCUUCCGAAGGGAUGUGGGGCACUGUGGGGCAGGACAAGGGCCUGGAAUUUGGUUUGUUUGCUCUUCUGGGAAGAGAAGUUCAGGGGUCCCAGAAAGGGACAGGGAAAUAAAUGGUGCCUGGGAUGAGAUUCAA